AUGUUAGAAGGGAGCUCUGGAAAGGAAGCCUUCCAUGAGUAUUGUAGAAAAUUUGUAACGUUAUUCGAAGUAAGUAUUCUUCAAUAAUAAAAUUUUUGAUCCCGCUUCGUUGUACAGAGCUUUGGCUGUAUUAUGUUUCAGUUGGACCUUUGUUUCUGGCCGCCAGUCCAGACCGUCAACUUUCUGAUCGUUCCGCCCAAGUAUAGAGUUAUUUACGUCAUGAUUGCCAUGUUCUUUUACAAUACAGUGCUCACUUACGUAAAACAUAAUUUAUAA